UACUGCAGCGCAAUGGAAGUUCUUACUCACCUAUCGGGCGUUGUCGUUGUGCGCACCGCCUACGCCAAUGACAACGACGACGCAUGGUGGGCUGCUGCAUUGAAGAAGCUUCAUGACUAUGCUACCCCAUCGAAUAGCGGGGCUGAGAUGGAUCCCGACGCAUUUACGCUACAUGUCAUAUCUGACAGUGCUCUUCUGCGCGGGGCUGACCAUGCCUUAGUGCGCAAGGCCUUCAAACAGUGGAUCGCGGAUUUUGUUGGCCGGGAGAGCAAUAUAGCCGACGAUGAAAACGAAGACUGGCACUCGGACGUCAGGCGCGAUGUGUGCAUUGUCAUCGACGAAGCUGCACUGGCUUCGCUGCUAAAUGCACCAGACUUUGUUCGCGACAAAGUCUCCAACCUAGACCUGGAGCCGUGGGUUACUGUAGUCGAUGCUGAGGACCCAGCCAACAUACCUUAUCGCGGAGGGGGGCCGUACAUGGGCUUCACAAAUGCCUAUGUGCGUGUCCUCAGCCAGCUGUUGGUUGAUCUCGACUCGCAGUCUCUAGAGAAGCUGAGCCCAAUUCGAGUCUACGAUGGCCAGAUACCGCUUUUCACUGGUUCUUCGCAGGGAAAGCUUGUGGAUCCGCCUGAUGGAGUGGAAGGGCGAUAUAAAUUUCCCCGGGGAACGCCGAGGGGCGCACAGGGAGCGCAAGCUAUGUUGGAAGAGAUAAAGCGAGCGGUGGGGAGAGCGGCUAUGGGUUGUUGA